AUGUCAAGUGAAUCUAAUUCUAAAAGAGUGGCCUAUUUAGGACCAGAAGACCUUCUGAUCCCUGGUAAGCAAAAACAAAAGCCAACUAAUUCAUUCAAUGUCGUUGCAGAACAGUUUGUUUCAAUCCAUCAUUGUGUUUUAUCACAUGCUGAAGAUAUAUCCAAAGUUGAAAAAUUAUUGACUCAUCCACAAGCAUGGGGUCAAGUUACAAAUUGGACUUUAAAUGAAGGUAAACACUUGGAUAAAAUUGAUACAAGUUCAACAUCAAAAGCUGCUGAGAUAGCAUCUAAAGAAGGUGAAACACAUGCCGCUAUUGCAAGCGAAUAUGCUUCAAAAGUUCAUAAUAUUCCAAUCUUAUACAAAAACGUUGAAAAUAACAAAGAAAAUACAACAAGAUUUUUGAUCUUGAGUAAAGAGAAAGCAGAAGAUUUAGACAGAAAAUAUAUUUCAUUAGUUGCAUUCACUGUUGAACAUGAUGAUGCUGGUGCUUUGGCUAGUGCCUUGAAUGUUUUAUCAAAACAUGGAAUUAAUUUAACAAGUAUCACAUCAAGACCUUCAUUGAAUCAAUUAUGGCAGUAUGUUUUCUUUAUAGAAUUUUGGAGUGACGGUCGUGAUGAUCCAAAUGUUAAAAGUGCACUUGAAGAAUUAAAAGAGAAAACAGUUACCAGUGUAACUAUUGGUACAUUCCCAAGAAACAAGCGAUAUUAUGGUGAAAAAACGGAAUAA